AUGGGGAGUGGAGGGCUGGGUGCCUGUGAUUGGCUGGGCUCUGGAUAUGAAGGUCCAGGCCUGGCAAAGCUGUACUCAGCCUCUCCUGGAAUAAAUCGCAAUUUGUGGCACUGUCCCUCUCCCGCUCCGCAGGAGUUCCUGAAGAAGGAGUUCAGCGCGGAGAACGUGUACUUCUGGCAGGCGUGUGAGCGAUUCCAGCAGAUCUCAGCCAAGAACACGCAGCAGCUGGCCCAGGAGGCCCGGCGGAUCUAUGACGAGUUCCUGUCCAGCCACGCGCUCAGCCCGGUGAACAUCGACCGGCAGGCCUGGAUCGGGGAGGAGAUGCUGGCCACGCCCACCCCCGACAUGUUACGCCUCCAGCAGCUCCAGUCCGAACGGUACUACUCUAUACUAGAAGUGUCUGACUUUUAUUAUAAAACAGAGGAACCUCCUGUGUGCUGGAUAUAUUGA